AAAAUUAGAGACUGAUGAUAAUUCUUGACAAUUCGAUACUUAGAAAUGGCUUCUUCGUCUUCACCCCCGGCGGCGAUGGAGGUCGGAGAAUCUACAAACUGGACGGAGCUUCCACCGGAACUGACUUCAGCAAUCCUGCACCGUCUUGGCGCGAUUGAGAUACUUGAAAACGCUCAGAAAGUUUGCAGAUCUUGGCGUCGUGUUUGUAAAGACCCAUCGAUGUGGCGUAAAAUUGACAUGCAUAACCUCGGAGAUUUGGACGACAUGGAUUACAACCUCGAGAUCAUGUGCCGUCACGCUGUUGAUCGUAGCCAGGGAGGCUUGGUUGAUAUCGGUAUUUGGUACUUUGGUACUGUUGAUCUCCUCAAUUACAUCGCCCAUAGGUCGAGUAAUCUGAGAAGCCUUAGACUUAUAAGGUGUUCUCAAAUUACAGACGAUGGAUUUGUCGAAGCAGUUGUGAAACUUCCACUUGAAGAACUCGAGUUGUCAUACUGCUCAUUUUCAGUAGAGUCUCUCAGAGUUGUAGGCCAGUGUUGUUUAAAUAUGAAGACUUUGAAGCUGAACAAGCAUCCUCAAAAGGAGAAUGACGAUGAUGCUCUAGCAAUCGCUGAAACAAUGCCGAAACUUCGCCAUCUCCAGCUUUGUGGGAACGGGUUGUCAGACACCGGUUUAAACGCUAUUCUUGACAAUUGCUCAAACCUGGAACAUCUUGAUUUACGCCGGUGUUUCAAUGUUAACCUUGUUGGGGAUUUGCAGAAGCGGUGUUUUGAGAGUGUCAAAGUUGUGAGACACCCUAAUGACUCGAUUCAUGAUAUCGACAUUGGUUCAUCAGAAGACGAAGACCCUUAUGACUUCUCUGAUAUCGAUCUGAUGUCAGGUGAUGAUGAUUUUGAGGGUUACUAUGACUUCUCAGGUGCUAGUGACUUUUCUGACUAUGACCAGUUUGAUUUCUAGAUGCAUCGGUUUCGUGCAGGUGAAUUUUUUUCGAACUUGUUCAUGACUUGUUUUAAGUUAGCUCAUAGUUUCAAUGGAUUUUAUGUGUCCUUGAAGUAUGUUACCGUUUGUAAUGAUGUCUUUUGCUGUUUGUCUUUCAACAAUUUCUAAGCUCAGAAAAGUUUCAAAGAUGGUGAUUGUUUCAUCUUGCUUUUGACGAAAGAAAUUGAGUUUAUUCUCCAAAAAAUUUGCUUAACGCUUGUUGUUCUGUUAGAAACUCAGACAACAACGAGAAAUGCCAAUAUCAAAACUAAGAUAAGUAAUAAAAAAAAUCAUCAAGUCCUCCAAUAGAAACAUAAUCAUCUCUUUGAUCAUUUCAUGCCUCAGGUCUAAGAACUGUUUCCUCUCGGUAAGCAAUCAUCAAAACUCCAAUAGAAACAUGAAUCAGCUCUUUGAUCAUUAAUGCCUCAAGUCGAAGAAUCUCUGCGGAAACUAAUGAGGUUUUGGAACAAACCCGUCAACCGCGAAAUUCCUUGUUGCUGAAGGAAUAGCCAAGCGCACACCAUCUAGCUCUGGUCUUGCAAUGACUUGGCAUCCGAGUCGUGACCUGAAACAUUUGUCCGGG